GCGGAAGUGGGAGCCAGUGGACAGCUGUGCGUUGUGUUUCAGUGUUCGGUGGCUACUUGAGGCUAGCUGUUAGCCACCGUGCUAAAACGGUGAGAAGCAUAGUGAGUGGAGAAACAUACAAACACACGCACGCAUCGACAGCGACUUGAAGACUUUCGGUCAACUAUGGGCAAAGGCGGAGGUACAUUCGAGAGGCUCCUCGAUAAGGCCACCAGUCAGCUGCUGCUGGAGACCGACUGGGAAUCCAUCCUGCAAAUCUGCGAUCUCAUUCGACAGGGAGACACUCAGGCCAAGUAUGCAAUUGGUGCUAUCAAGAAGAAGCUGACUGACAAAAAUCCACAUGUGGCCCUCUAUGCACUUGAGGUCCUGGAGUCAGUGGUUAAGAACUGUGGGCAGACUGUUCAUGAUGAAGUGGCGAGUAAACAAACCAUGGAGGAGCUGAAGGAUCUCAGCAAGAAACAGACGGAACCAAACGUCCGUAGCAAAAUCCUCUACUUGAUCCAAGCCUGGGCCCACGCCUUCCGCAACGAGCCCAAAUACAAAGUGGUGCAAGACACCUAUCAGAUCAUGAAAGUGGAAGGUCACGUGUUCCCUGAGUUUAAGGAGAGUGACGCCAUGUUCUCCGCAGAAAAAGCCCCGGACUGGGUGGACGCUGAGGAAUGCCACCGGUGCAGAGUCCAGUUUGGAGUGAUGACAAGGAAGCACCAUUGCCGAGCCUGUGGCCAGAUCUUCUGCGGCAAGUGUUCCUCCAAGUAUUCCACCAUCCCCAAGUUUGGGAUCGAGAAGGAGGUCCGUGUGUGUGAGCCCUGCUUUGAGCAGCUUAACAACCACCCUUCCUCUCCUUCGCUUAGAAAAGCCGAGAUCAAACCGGUGUCCGCCAACGCUGCAGAGCUGCCUCCCGAGUAUCUCACCAGCCCGCUGUCCCAGCAGUCGCAGAUGCCUCCCAAAAGGGAUGAGGCGGCUCUGCAGGAGGAGGAGGAGUUGCAGCUGGCCAUCGCCCUCUCCCAAAGUGAGGCAGAGGAAAAAGAGCGAAUGGUAGGACGCCGCGCGGCCGCCAUUUCUUCGCUGGCCAUUAUGCACAAAUGUCUUAAGAAGCCUCCCGUGCAGAAGCAGAAGAACUCAUACCACCCCGCGUAUCCCAAGGCGGAGCCCACCCCGGUCACCUCCUCGGCGCCCCCGGUCGGCACCCUCUACACCGCCCCCGUGAAUUCCUCUGCUCCCACUGCUGAGGAAGUCGACCCUGAGCUGGCCCGUUACCUCAACAGAACGUACUGGGAGAAGAAGCAGGAGGAGGCCCGCAAGAGUCCCACACCUUCGGCGCCAGCCCCCGCGCCACUGGCCGAGCCGGCGCCGACUGCCGGCCAGCCCGUCGAAGCUCACGCGCCCAUGCAGCCCGUCAGCAUCGUGGAGCAGCAGUACCAGAACGGGGAGUCGGAGGAGAACCACGAGCAGUUCUUGAAGGCCCUGCAGAACGCCGUCACCACCUUCCUGAACCGCAUGAAGAGCAACCACAUGCGCGGGCGCAGCAUCACCAACGAUAGUGCCGUGCUGUCUCUAUUCCAGUCCAUCAACAACAUGCACCCGCAGCUCCUGGACAUCCUUAACCAGCUGGACGAGAAGCGACUAUACUACGAGGGGCUUCAAGACAAGCUGGCUCAGGUGCGCGAUGCCCGGGCGGCCCUCAAUGCGCUGAGGGAUGAGCACAUGGAGAAACUGCGCCGCGCUGCCGAGGAGGCCGAGAGGCAGAGGCAGAUGCAGCUGGCGCAAAAACUGGAGAUCAUGCGGCAGAAGAAGCAGGAGUACUUGGAGAUGCAGCGGCAGCUGGCCAUCCAGCGCCUGCAGGAGCAGGAGAAGGAGCGCCAGAUGCGUCUAGAGCAGCAGAAGCACACCAUCCAGAUGAGAGCUCAGAUGCCCGCUUUCUCUCUGCCCUACGCACAGAUGCAGUCUUUGCCCCCCAACGUAGCAGGCGGGGUGGUGUACCAGCCUGGAGCUCCGCCCAGCUACCCGGGCACCUUCAGUCCAGCUAACUCAGUGGAAGGCUCCCCUAUGCACAACCUCUACAUGAACCAGGCAGGCCAGGGCGCGCCGCCGCAGUACCAGGCCGUGCCGGCUGCUGCCUCAGAUCCCAAUUUGGUGAAUGCCUACAUGUACCAGCCCGCUGCCAGCAAUGGACAGCCGGCUCCUCCUAGUCAGGCUCCGCCGGCCGGCGCUGUGCCUUACUCUAACUACCAGCCCACACCCUCGCAAGGCUACCAGAAUGUGGCGUCACAGGCGCAAAGCUUGCCCCCCAUGUCCCAGGCUGCGCCUGCCAAUGGCAUGGGCUACAUGGGCUACCCGACCUACAGCAUGCAGAACAUGAUUUCAGCACUUCCGGGGCAGGAACCCAACAUGGCCGUCCAACAGUCGUACAUGGCCGGCCAGCAGCCUAUGUACCAACAGGUGGCUCCUCCUAGUGGCCCUCAGCAGCAGCAACAGCAGCAGUCGCCAUUGCCGCCGCACCAGCAGCACGCCCCUCCCCAGGCAGUCCCUGGUAAUGCAGAGGCACAGCUCAUCUCUUUCGACUGAACGCUGCCGCUGUUCGUGAUGAGGCAACUCGCACACUACGACCCCACCCACCCCAAACACACACACACACACACACACACACACACACCCUUCUCACUGUCACAUCCUAGUGAUGUGAAAUAUUGUGAUGAUCUCUAGUGUGGGAGUGAGGGAGCUAACUCGCAUCUCAUGACCUCUUCCUUGUAUUUCCUCCUUCAUAAAUAGUCUCUCAGUAGAGAAAUGAAAAAGAAAAUAACUACAGGGCAAAGAAUUGGCUCGGAUGGGAACAUGCAUGUUCACUUUUUUGUUUGUUUUUGUAUUCCAGAGUGUAGCCUGUCUGAAUACGGAGUUUGUAAUACACUGAGAGGUGUUAAAACAAGCGCGUGUCUUUAAGGAGCGGCUCUGAAUGAAUGGCACAAAGUCAAGAUCGCAAGCUUAACAUUCCGCUCGUUGCUUCUUUCCUCUUCGUCCUUUUUGCCAUCCACUGAAACUAACAUUGAAUUUUCUGUUUUGGCAUUUCCUUGUCCUGAAUUGUUUGCAAUAUUCCAAACGAGUUGGGAGAAGGUUCACGGUUGAAGCGCUGAGGCUGAGCAAAACCGAUCCUAAAAUACACACACGUGACAGCCCUCGCACCGUACGUGCCCGCUAAGACGCCACAACUUCCGGGACAAGUGGAAACGCUUUUGCUCCAUCGCUGGCCGCUCACCAAUCAGCUCCCCCUGUAACUUUGUGCUCCUAUUUAACUCCAUUGAAGCCAUCUGUCUGGCUUGCAAGUCAUUUUAAAUUUAUAUUUAAUAAAUAUCUUCUUACUGUCCACUCGCUUCA